UUAAGUUGCACUCAUUAGAACAACGGCAAUAUAGCCAAGUGCCCACUUGGUGUCGCUGUAGGAUAAGGAAUGGAUGAUUUUCGCAUGUGCUGUUUACUAUGUGAUGUCCCUAGGACUUCUGGGUUGUGUACGUGAUCCUCCGAUAGACAGCAAUGUUACGUCGGCUCCGUGUCUGUAUUAAUAGUAACUCUGCAGUACUUUAAUAAAGUGUAUUUCGGCUAAGAACCUUUUCCAGUGGUCCUUGAAAAAGAGCACAAGUUACCACAUAUUUUUGGCGACGAGGUGAACUGGUUUUUGUUUUUUUCGUGUGUCUCCGGUUUGUUGUUUUGUAAGCUAAGCUAAGUGUGCUAAGUAAGCUAGGCGGCCGUGCGUGACCGACGGCGCCGAGGAAAAACACAGAGGAGAGACGCAGUUCGCAGCAGUGAAGCAGAACGGAGGACGGCAGUGUGUGUCGGCGGCUGCAGAGGAGCAGCUUGAAGAGGAAAUAAAAAAGGCACCCGGAGCUACAGAAGAGCUGCGUGGAGAGGGAGCCUCAAGCUAGGAUGGCUACAUAUGGGACUGUCGGUGAAUUUGUGGAGGGACACGAGGACUGGACGGAGUAUGAAGAAAGGUUGGGACACUUUUUCUCUGCUAAUGGGAUUACAGAAGAGGAUAAAAAGCGCUCUAUUCUCCUGAGUGCGUGUGGAGCAAAGACUUAUAAGUUGAUAAGGAACUUGGCCACACCGCGGAAACCGGGAGAGAUCCCAUAUGAUGAUCUUGUCACGCUCGUGGGAAACCACCACAAUCCAAAACCUUCUGUGAUAGUCCAAAGAUUCAAGUUUCACAGCUACUUCAGGAGGCAAGGUCAGUCUGUGGCUAACUUUGUAGCCGAGUUACGGCAGCUGUCAGAACAUUGUGAUUUCGGGGCAGUGUUAGAUGAUAUGCUACGUGACAGAUUAGUGUGCGGCAUUAAUAAUGACGCCACACAACGCCGCCUGCUGGGGGAAACUCCACCACUGACGUUCAAGAAAGCUCUGGAAACCUCCCAAGGCAUGGAGAUGGCUGCUAAUAAUGCCAAGGAUAUCCAGAAAGGACAUGGAGGAGCACAAACAGCAGCAGUGCACCAUGUCAGGAGAGAGACUGGUAAGCAUGAAAGAAAAGUGGAGUGUUUUCGUUGUGGAGGGGGACACUAUGCAAAUGACUGUAAAUUUAAAGACGUUGUUUGUCAUGCUUGUAACAAAAAGGGACAUUUAGCCAAAAAGUGCAGAAGCUCAAAGGGGAAGGGCAAGCCGGGGCUGGGAAAAAUGCAGCAGGCUCAGGCAGCCACACAUCACCUAGAUGAAGAAGAUAAAGAGGCUGUGUGUUCUUUUAACAUGUUUGGUGUGGAAACGGAUGAAGAACCACCUGAGCCUUACUAUGCAACAGUCACUGUAGGAGGGCAGGACAUUAAGUUUGAGAUUGAUUCAGGAGCUACAGCCUCCGUUAUCAGUGAAGACACUUACAGGAGGACGUGGGGGUUUAACCAGCCUCCCAUCCGCCCAUCAAAGCUCAAACUUAGGACCUAUACAGGGCAGCCCAUUCCUCAUUUGGGAGUGGUUUAUGUGGACAUUUUAGCAGAGGGUCAAAAAGCUAAAGGCAGGCUGGUGAUCGCUAAAGGCAGAGGGCCCAGUCUUUUGGGCCGCGAUGUGCUUAGAAAAAUCCGACUCAACUGGCAUGAAAUAAAAUAUGCAAGCACAACAGAGGUCACUCUGCAGCGAUACAGUGAUGUGUUCAAGGAUGAGCUGGGAACACUUAAGGGCAUGACAGUAAAGCUCCAUGUUGACCCUGAAGCCACACCUAGGUUUUUCAAGCCCAGAGCAGUGCCCUAUGCCAUGAAAGGCAAAGUUGAAGAGGAACUGGAACGAUUACAGAAGCUGGGCAUCAUCAAGCCCGUCCAGUUUUCAAGGUGGGCAGCACCCAUUGUUCCAGUGUUAAAGGAGGACAAAACUGCACGGAUAUGCGGGGACUACAAAGUCACAGUGAAUCAGGUCUCUAAGCUGGAGGAGUAUCCAUUGCCACGCAUAGACGACCUGUUUGCGACCCUGGCAGGGGGUAAGCUGUUCACAAAGCUGGACAUGAGCCAGGCCUACCAACAGCUACUGCUCGACGAGGAUUCAAAAGAGUACGUCACGAUCAACACACACAAAGGUUUAUUCAAAUACAAUCGCCUGGUGUUUGGAGUGGCAUCCAGUCCUGCCAUUUUCCAAAGAACAAUGGACACUCUGCUGCAGGGGAUUCCGCAUGUAGCAGUGUACUUAGAUGAUAUUUUGGUCACAGGGGCCACGGAGGUGGAGCAUCUGGCUAACUUGGAAGAGGUGCUGAAGAGACUCUCAGAAGCAGGGCUGCGAUUAAAGCGCAGCAAAUGUGUGUUUCUAGCACCAAGUGUGACCUAUCUGGGACACAGGAUCACAGCACAGGGACUCUGCCCAGUGGAAGACAAAGUGAGAGCUAUUAAGGAAGCUCCAAACCCCAAAUGCAUCACUGAACUCAGAUCGUUCUUAGGCAUGGUGAACUAUUAUGGCAAGUUUCUGCCCGACCUCUCAAAAGUUUUGGCCCCACUGUACAAGUUGCUUCACAAUGACACGAAAUGGCAGUGGUGUGAGGAGCAGGAGGCAGCUUUCAAGGAAGUGAAAGAGCUCCUCCAUUCAGCAACGCUCCUGGUUCACUAUGACCCGGAUAAACAGAUAACACUUUCAUGCGACGCCUCGCCCUAUGGAGUCGGGGCAGUUCUUUCGCAUGUAAUGGAGGACGGAUCAGAGAAGCCGGUUGGCUUUGCUUCACGUACCCUGACAAAAGCGGAGCAGGGAUACUCACAGCUAGACAAAGAAGGUCUGGCCAUCGUGUUCGCUGUCAAGCGCUUUCAUCAGUAUCUCUAUGGUCGCGCAUUCAAGAUCUACACAGACCAUAAGCCACUGAUGAGCCUGUUCAGUGAGACCAAAUGUAUCCCACCGCUGGCCUCAGCCAGGAUACAACGUUGGGCGCUCACACUGUCAGCCUACCAGUACGCCAUAGAGUACAGAGCAGAGACUGUUUUCUCACUGGAAAAGCUGGAAGAGACACCUGUGAAAGCAUCCCGGAUCAAACAGUGGACAGAGAGGGACCCAGUCAUGUCCCAAGUAAAAACUUUCCUUUUACAAGGCUGGCCCAGUGUGAUAGAAGGAGAGGAGUUGAGGCCUUAUACUAAACGUAAAACUGAACUGAGUCUGCAAGAUGGCUGCAUCUUUUGGGGUGCGAGGGUCAUUGUACCUCCCCCAGGCCGUUCACAGAUUGUGGAGGAAAUACAUGAGACUCAUCCAGGUGCAUCGCGGAUGAAAAGCCUCGCAAGAUCCUAUGUCUGGUGGCCAGGACUGGAUAAGGAUCUGGAGGACAAAGUGAAAGGAUGCACGCAGUGUCAGAUUAAUCAGAACAUGCCUCCACCUGCUCCUUUGCACCCAUGGGAGUGGCCAGACCGUCCCUGGUCUAGGCUACAUAUGGACUUUGCGGGCCCUUUUAAGGGGCAGAUGUUUCUCCUAAUGGUGGAUGCGCAUUCUAAAUGGAUUGAGGCCCACAUCAUGAGCAACAUCACAGCCCCCACAACCAUCGACAAACUCAGGCAAGUGUUUGCAGUACACGGCUUGCCUGACACACUAGUCACUGAUAAUGGUCCGACUUUCACCAGCGAGUUGUUCAGUGAGUUCAUGCAACAGAACGGCAUUCAUCACAUAAGAACAGCUCCUUUCCACCCAGCCUCAAAUGGACUGGCGGAGCGGGCUGUUCAGACAGUGAAGGAGGGCCUGAAGCGAAUGACAGGUGACUCACUCAGCACUCAGCUUUCACGAUUCCUGUUUAAAUACCGCCUCACGCCACAGACUACAACGGGGCGCACGCCAGCAGAGAUGCUGAUGGGGCGUCGGCCCAAGUCAAGACUGGACCUGCUGCGUCCGGACAUGAAGGCAAAAGUGCAGGGAAAGCAGGAAAAACAGAAAGAAAGACAUGAUCAACAUGUACGUGAGAGACAGUUGAAACCAGAUGACUGUGUCUAUGUGAGAAACUUCAGCAGCAACAACAACCAGCAGUGGCUACCUGGGAUUAUUCUCAAGAGGAGUGGGCCAGUUUCCUACGUUGUUAAGCUGACUGAUGGACGUAUCUUCCGCAGACAUCAGGACCAUGUGCGCCUGCGGCAGGAUACAGGCUCAGACACAGACAGUUCCACUGAGUUUCCAGGGGCUGGACCAACAGCAGUAGGGGUGGGUUCGCCAGAGUCUGAGACAAGGACAGAGGCUUCUGUUUCCUCUGGAGAGGAUGGACACUCUCACACUGACAUCCAGACCUCUCCCAGUCUCCCUACACCAGAUCCACCGAAGUCACCCACACCAGCGGUGUCUGCUGGGUCACCAGAGGUAGUGCGAAGGUCGCAUCGCACUCGCAAACCUCCAGACAGACUGAAUGUGUGACUGAAAGUUUAAAUCUGCCAUGUUUUCAUGUUUUCAGGUUUAUAUUGCUAAACAGUUGCUGAGACAGUACUUUAAGUUUAUGCGUACGCCAGCUAAUGAUAACCACCGUUUUGGGUUUUCUCAAAGUCCAUUUAUAUUUUUGGGAAUGUUGGAAUCUAAAGGGGGAGAAGUGUUAUAAUGUGAACAUUCAUGAAAGCAUUAUUAAGUUGCACUCAUUAGAACAACGGCAAUAUAGCCAAGUGCCCACUUGGUGUCGCUGUAGGAUAAGGAAUGGAUGAUUUUCGCAUGUGCUGUUUACUAUGUGAUGUCCCUAGGACUUCUGGGUUGUGUACGUGAUCCUCCGAUAGACAGCAAUGUUACGUCGGCUCCGUGUCUGUAUUAAUAGUAACUCUGCAGUACUUUAAUAAAGUGUAUU